GGCGAAGGCUCGCGGGAGGCUGACACCCCGCCAAGGUCUCGGCCGUGGAGGGUGAGGACAGACCCCGAAGACCCUGGGAAGGAGGGCCAGGCCAGUUGAGGUGAGGCCAUGAGGCGGCUGCUGGUCCCGCUGGCCCUGUGGCUGGGUGUGGUGGGCGCGGGCGGGGUGGAGCUCACCGAGGCGCAGCGCAGGGGCCUGCGGGUGGCCCUGGAGGAGUUUCACAAACACCCGCCGGUGCAGUGGGCCUUCCAGGAGACUGGUGUGGACAGUGCCGUGGACACGCCAUUCCCAGCAGGUACCUUUGUGAGGCUGGAAUUUAUGCUGCAGCAGACAAACUGCCGCAAGAAGGACUGGAGGAAAACUGAGUGCAAAGUCAAGCCCAAUGGGAGGAAGCGGAAAUGCCUGGCCUGCAUCAAACUGGACCCCAAGGAUAAAGUUCUGGCCCGGAUGGUCCACUGCCCAAUACAGAGGCAAGGGACCCAGGAGCUCCAGGAGCCCCAGUGCAGCAGGGUGGAGCAGGCUGGCGAGGACCCCCACAGUUACUACUUUCCUGGACAGUUCGCCUUUUCCAAGGCCCUGCCUCCCACCUGAGCCCUGGACAGACAGCUGCAGGCAGGACGCCGUGGAAGGAGCUCGGCUCCCAGGUGGAAGAUGCCAUUGUACCCCAGGCUAAUAAAGCUGUUCUGAGUGUU